AAAAUUUAAAAUUAAUGGUAUUACAUUAAGAUCUUAUAAGACGGACAUACCAUGGAGGACGAUCUGAACAAGCUUUCCGGAAAAAUCAUCGACAAUUUGGACAAGAUCAACCGCAUCCUGAGUUACGGCCGGUUGGAAUCCAAACUGCUUUCCAAUCCGGACAUACCCGAUCGGCUGCUCAAACAAUCUCAACAAGAAUGGGCACCCCGUUCAGAUAUCCGCUCGGUUGAUUCAUCGAAUCGACUUUCGGUGGACGACGUGGAUUCCUUAUUCAAUAAAAUCCGGCAUCGUCCUUCCGGAGGAUCGAUCCGACUGAACCGCGCCCACUCGCAAAAGAAAGCCAUCCCGCUGCAGCAAUCGAGAAUCCUGAACGAAACCAAUUUGGCCAGCAGUCCGUCCGGGUCGAUGACCGAUUUGAGCGAUGGCAGUAGGGUCGGGGGGAAAUCUUACGACGUGGAAGCGCUAGUCAAAUCGCUAAAGCAAUCGGUUCAGGCGCUGGGCCUGAUCGAGAAUCGAACCAUUAAGCCGGUUGACUUCGAUCGGGUCGAACGAUACAAUCGACGGGAGUUUGUGAAAGUAAAGGAUACUGUGCGGGAUGUAGAGACAAUGGUGCAGGAUUUAGAGAAGUACGUAGCUAGUGUGCGAACAAGCGACCAGGAACGGACGGAACUUGUUAACGAGGAAUUGGUCAUGAUGUUAAGAGAUCUGUCGGAGACCAUGUCACAAGUGAUAUUCAUCAAGAACAACGAAUACAUUCCGGACAUGAGCAAGCCGCUUGCCUUCGGUUCAUAUCCCUUAGCCGAUUGUUUGGACGAUGUGAAUGAGAAUAUUCGACAGAAGAAGCUCUAUCAAUGAGAACUAACACUAGGCACCUCCUAAGUAUUCACAUGACUA